UCCCUGAGGUAAUACUAUGGUAAUACCUCCAGCAGGACAGGUAGGGGGUGAGACUGAUCUCGACUGGGUCAGGGGUCACACUGCCUACGUCACAAGCUCCUAAGAUGGCGUUUUGAUGACGACGGGAGAAGCGAGGACCCCUGCCCUUGUUUACAAGUGAAACCAAUGCAAAACAUCAAGGGUAGGCGAUGGAGCUCCCAAACUACGCCAAUCAACUGCUUCUCCAGCUCAAUCAGCAGCGCUCCAAGGGCUUCCUGUGCGAUGUCAUCAUCAUGGUUGAGAACACGCUCUUCCGGGCCCACAAAAGUGUCCUCGCCGCCACCAGCCACUACUUCAAGUCCCUUGUCUUUCACGAUAACCUCAUCCACCUCGACCCUGACAUGGUGGAUCCAGUUGUUUUCCAGCAAAUUCUGGAUUUCAUUUACACCGGGAAGUUGGUAGAUGAGACCUUUGAGGGGCUGGAUUUAAGCUCUCUGCUCACCACAGCUAACUUUCUCCAGCUCAAUGACCUCGCAAACCUGUGCUCCAGUAAGAUCAACCAAAAUGGGUCCCUCAAUAGCGUGGCUCGUGGAAGCUGCAACUCUUCAGUUCACCUGUAUGAAGACCACUCAUCAGACACUGAAACAUACAUGUGUAUGACGCCUCCCAAAAAACGGCAUAAUGCUGGAAAUAGAUGCGUUACGAGGAAAAAGCAGGACUUGGGGUUGGAUUUGUCUAAGAAAAAUUCAAAUUCUGAGACAACAGUUGAAGUUUUUCAAUCUAGACCCAUCUCCAACAAUAUACAGCUGGCAAUAAAUGGGAAGUGUGUUCCAAAGGAAGAGAAGUGGAUAAUUCCUUUGGACGGAGCUCAGGAAAGAAAAAGGGGGGGAUCCCGAAGAAAAUCUAAGGUCAAUGGUUACAUUCCUCUUAGCAGGGCUGGAAGUCAAUCAAGCCAGAAUCAGACCUUCACUUUACAGUUGUCUGUAAAGAAAGAGAAAGGAAUUGGAGGGAAAACAGAUGAAAUUGAUGGCCAAAAACCAAACAAUGGCAGCACCAAUUUUGUUUAUCAAAAGGAGACCUUUCUCAAAGAAGAAGAAGGGGACAACCCUUACGUUUGUAUACCUUGCGAAAAGGGUUUUCCCUCCUCGGAGAGUCUUAAAUCCCAUGUGGAAAGCCAUUUGGAUGAAGAUCUCGAUGUGAAGGUUGAGGAUGAGGAGGAAGAGGAACGUGACGGAGACGCUGGAGUCACCAGAGUCUCACCAAAAGCUCCUGAAAGCCUGGAUCAAAGUCCGUUAAAGUCCCUCAAAGAUGUCGACACCGUACGUCCCUUCCCUUGCAACAUUUGUGGCAAGAUGUUCACGCAGCGUGGCACUAUGACCCGCCACAUGCGCAGCCACCUCGGCCUAAAGCCAUUUGCGUGUGAGGAGUGUGGCAUGCGCUUCACAAGGCAAUACCGCCUCACUGAGCACAUGCGUGUCCAUUCAGGGGAGAAACCGUAUAAGUGCCAGGUCUGUGGUGGGAAAUUUACGCAACAAAGAAACCUCAUUAGUCAUAUGCGGAUGCAUACCUCAGUACCUUAGAACAGGUCAAAGAGCCCUGAACUAGGAUAACCCACAGAUACCCAGUUCUCUAUAGUGCUUUGGUUUGGGUUCUUUUAACUAGGGUUCAGUUUUCCAACAAGUUCUACAGAACACUACAAAGAUUCCUCUAGAUCUCCUUUACAGAGGUUUCCUUUUUGAGCUAAUGAAGGGUUUAGUUUCACCCACAAAUCUUCUACGAUUCUGCAAAGAGUCAUCUAGGUGAAAAAGGAAACCUCUGUAGUGUAAUCUACAACAUGUGUCAAACUCUGGUCAGAGUGUAGCUCCAAAACACCUGCCUGGAAGUUUCGAGUAAUCCCAAAGACCUUGAUUAGCUGGUUCAGGUGUGUUUAAUUAGGGUUGGAGCUAAACUCUGCAGGACAGUUGCCCCCCAGGUGCUGAAUUUGACACCCCGAUCUAGGGUACUAUUUUGGAAACACAUCCUAAAAAGAUUCCUGUAGACAAGUGGUUCUCAACACAUUCCUGGAGGACCCUCAGCACUGCACAUUUUGCAUGUCUCCUUUGUCUGACACACCCAUUUCAAGUCUGUGAGUCUCUACUAAUGAGCAGGUGACCUGAAUCAGGUGUGUUUGAUUAAGGAGACAUGCAAUAUGUGCAGUGAUGGGGGUCCUCCAGGAAUGUGGUUUAGAACCACUUCUCUAGAUUUUCUCCACAGAGUUUACUUAUUGAGCUAAUUUAGGGUUCAGUUCAGGCCACACCUCCCCUAGAAUGCUACAGAAGUCCACUAGAUCUUUCCUACAGCAAUUUCUUUUCUGAACAAAUCUAGCGUUCACUUUCACCCACAAAUCCUUGAAAAUUUUACAAAGAUUCUUCUAGCUCUACACGGAAGCCUCUGAAGAUCUAGAGCAGUCUUGAUCCCUUCUCAAUUUUUUUUUUUCUGGGGAUCCUACACCAUUUCAAAGUCUUGCAGUCUAAAUGAGGAGGGCAUCCAAAAUGCAUGGUGGUGGACAGGUUUGAGAAGCACUGAUCAAGAUCGGGGUAGCCAACCUUGCACCUGGUAGGUUUCAGUUCCUAAUAUGUGCCAACACACUUGGAACACCUUGACUAGCUGGUUCAGGUGUGUUUGGUUAAGGUUGGAGGAUGGUAGGGUCAUUCAUAUCCAGACCUGGAGGCCCUGCAGGGUUUUGCUCAAACUCACCUUCCUGUAACUCUGCAGACCUUGAUUACAUUCUUCAAGUGUGUUUGAUUAGGGUAUCUAAUCUCUAAAAAAUUCUAGAAUUAGAAUUCUGAGGAUUUGUGGCUAGAACUAAACCCUAAAUAUACUCAAAAAGGGAACCUCUGUAAUCUAUUCUAGAGUAAUCAACUGUUGCCACAAAUCCUCUGGAAUUCUAUUAAGAUUCAUUUAGAUCUUCAGACACUAUCUUUUGAGCUAAUAUAGAAUUCUGUUUGGAUCACAAGUCAUUUAGAAUUCAGUGAAGAAUCCUCUCCAAAGCAAAACCCUAGAUGAUCUCAAAAAAGGAAGCCUCUGUAGUCUGUUGUAGGGUUGAUGUUUGGCUACAGUUCCUCUAGAAUAAUAUAAAGAUUCACUUAGAUCUUCUCUAAAGACUUUACCUUUUGAGUUAAUCUAGAAUUCAGUUUUCAUCACAUUUAGAAUUCUACAAACAAUUCUCAAGAUCUUCUGCGUACCGAUUUUUACUGAUUUCCUAAUUUAGGAGACAUUUUCAUUCACAAAUUCUCCCAAGAUUCCUCUAGUUCAAAAGAAAACUUCUGUAGAGAAGAUCCAAAGCAUUCUAUUUGUGGCAUUCUUUCAAAACGAGAUUAUUUCAAACCUGGUUGUUUAAUCUAGGGUUCACAAGCGUUUCUCUACCAAGUUUACUUUUUAAGCUAAUCUAGAGUUCAGUUUCCACAGCAAAUCCUCUAGAAUGCUAUAAAGAAUUAUCUAGAUCUUUGUAGAAGGAUGGCGACGCCAUUCCCUGAUGAGCAUAAAAAUGCCAACUUCAGCCAAUACCUGCUGUUAUACCUCUUCCUUCGUACCUUCUUAUUAUUGUGCAUGAAUUGUUUGUUAUUGUUAGUGUGUAGCUAAAAAAUAUCAAGUUUAUCCACUUAGCGAUGUAGUUUAAUCGAUUAAAAUGAAAAUUACCUCAAAUAGCUAGUAAUCCUCUCAGAACUGAAACAGCCGAAUGUUCCUGGUGAUACCAGUUAUUUUACAGCAGUGACUUGCGAUACCUUUCGAAUGUAAUUUAGUAGUCAUGAUAAAGUUUAUGCUUCAGAAACAGACCGCUGUAAUAAAGCUAUCUGAGUUGUUUACUUGAAUACACAAACUUGCUACCUCAGAUUAAACCAAACCCUCUGAUUAGCCUGUAUUAGGUUAAAAAUACAUAUUAGAGAAGAGAAACUACACACGGUGUCUUCCAUAUUACAGUCACUCUGUCUAGUUUAAUUAAUGAGUUUAAACUGACAUCUGAUUCAAAACAGAGGAAAACACAUUGCUUGUGUUAAUAUACACUUUUCAGGGGGUCAGGUAAUACUUCACUGUAGGGUUGCGAUCUGAGCUAGUGAAGUAGUAUUGCUUGAGCAAUUAGGGUGUUUUGAUGUACAGUUCCAAAGAAAUAUUGAAUGUUAUAAUGCUUAAGAAAUACUGUAAAACUAUAACCAAAUCUAUAUUCUUGCUAAAUAUUUAAGUCUAAUUUAUGCUGCUUUCAAUUCAGGUUUAUAUCAAGUCUUUCUUCUUUUUUUCAGGGUUUUUCUUUUGGGUUUUUCUUUCCUUUUCUUAUUUUAAUGCUUCAACCAAUGGCUUAAUUUAAACAGCAUGUUGUCCAUAUUUUCUUGUGGCAUGUGCAUUAUUUUUAUGAAUUUAAAAAGGUAGGUUUAGCAGAUUGCAUUCAUGCAUUUAGUGUUGAAACGAGACCAAAAGUGUAAAAACAAUACCUACUGUAUAUAUCUUUGGGUAUCUUGACGUUAUUAUCAUCAGUUGAUAUAUUACUGAAACUUUUACUUAUUCAGAGAUGAAAUCAUUUUCUUAUUGUGUUUUAAUUUCUCUACACCAUGUUUGUUUUAAACUACCUCUGGUUGGGUUUUUUGUACGUUGUACAUGGGUUUUCAUCAUGCUGGAGGGCUUUUUAAACAACACCUAAUUUCGAGGUUGUAUUCAUUUGUUAUCUAGUAAUAUCAAAAGAGGUACUUUAAAUAAUAGAUCAAUUAGCCUAAGAUUUGAUUUGCUGAAUUGACUUUUUUAGGCACUCUUUGAUCGUUUUGUGCUUGCUUUUUCUCUAUUUUUGCUUUAUAUUAAGAUGAUUAUUUGACACUGUCUGUAAAUCAAUGCGAUUUUAGAAUAUUCAGGAACUUUUUAAUACAUAAUAGGACUUGAAACUGAACUUCAAAACUGUGACAACACUUUCAUUUGCAUCCUCUGCAAACCUCAGGGAACACUUUUGGGACACGUCCCAGUUAACUUUUUGAACUGUAAAGCACCAUUAACCAAUGUUUUUGCAGUUAUUUGUCUGUUUUUUGAUUAAGAUAGUUUCAAUAUUCUCCACAACUGACACAAUGCGCCUUCAGGAGGUUCGGCAGCUCUUUGCAUUUGCAGUACAGGUUUGUGUGUGUGUACAUGUACGGUCUUGAUGUGGUUUUCAAAUGCUUUUGAAAUGUCAAGUGCUUUGUUCUGAAAUGAUGAUGCUUAAAUAUUUGCAAUCUGUUUAUGAAAACCAAAGCACAUUUAUACUCUUUGAAGAAUUAAAGGUCCUGUUGUAUAUAACAUUGUUCUCAGUUAUGACAUGAAAUAAAAUUAAAUGCUGAUCAGAUAACUACA